GGCCCUGUCUCUUCUCCCCCUUCUCCUCUCUUCCUCCCGACGCAGACCGAGCGACAAUGCGGCGUGGGGCGCCUGGCUCUCGGAGCUCUUGGACUCGGGGAGAUGGGGAUGAUCUCGCCCUCCGGCGGUAGGUAGGGAGGCCGUCCUACCUUCCCUUAUUGGUAGGUCUGCCACUGCGAGAAACAGGCCAGACCCCGGAAACGGCAGGUGAAGCUGAAGGUUUCACGCGGACUCCGAUGGCGGUGACCACGGCCGCGGCCGUGCGCCGGCUCUGCGCCACAGGACAGGUGCGGUCCGCCCUAGCGGUGCUCGCCCGCGGGGCGAAGUCCGGCGACGCGGCGCUGGACGUGGCCGCGUGCACCGCGCUAGUCCAGGGCUGCUGCAGGAGCGGCGACGUGGCGGAGGCCCGGAGGGUGUUCGACGUAAUGCCGCUACUGGGCGUGGCCCCUAACGAGGUUACGUACACCGCGCUGAUCCACGGCUACUUCGUUCACGGGCACAGAGAGAUGGGUCUCGCCUUGUUUGAGGAGAUGAGGAGGGGCGGGGUCGAGCCGAACCUCUACACCUACAACUGCUUGGUUGGGGAAUGGUGCAGAACGGGGGAGUUCGAGCGCGCUCGUCUCCUGUUCGAUGAAAUGCCCGUGAAGGGCGUCGUGCGCAAUGUUGUCAGCUACAACAUCCUCAUUGCGGGGCUAUGCAGGCACGGCAAGCUGAAGGAUGCAGUUCAGCUGCUGGAAGUGAUGAGAAGGGAGGGCAUCCGUCCAAGCAUGGUGACAUUCAACCUUCUUGUUGAUGGUUAUGGAAAAGCUGGGAAAAUGUCCAAUGCCUUGCAUUUCUUCAACCAGAUGAAGGCGUCAGGGUUCCCACCUACUGCAGUGACAUACAACACGCUCAUUGCUGGGUUCUGUCGUGUUAGAGAUAUAGCCCGGGCGAUCAGAGCUUUCGCGGACAUGAAGGAGCGUAAUUUGGCUCCAACAAAAGUGACAUACACCAUACUCAUUGAUGCAUUUGCUAAGGAAAAUGAAAUGACCAGGGCAUUCGAGAUGCUUUCAGAGUUGGAGAAGACUGGUCUGGAGGUGGAUGUGCAGAGUUAUGGUGUUCUCCUGCAUGCACUCUGCAUGGAAGGGAGGAUGGUGGAAGCCAGGAAGCUGUUUCAGUCAAUGGACUCGAAAGGUGUCAAGCCAAAUAAUGUGAUCUAUGACAUGAUGAUCUAUGGGUAUGGGCGCGAAGGUAGCUCAUAUAAGGCUCUGAGGCUGAUCAUGGAAAUGAGGAGGAUUGGGUUGGUCCCAAAUGUUGCUAGCUAUUGCCUGACGAUUCGUCUUCUCUGCAAUGAAGGAAAGUGCCAGGAGGCGGAGACCUUGGUUGAUGACGUGGUGUGUGCUGGUCUACAAACAAGUGAAUCCAUCCACAGAGUAUUAUUGGACGUUAAAGCAAGAUUGGAUGAUUCUACAGAUGUCCCUUUUACUUAAUGUAGUCAAGCACGUUGUUUCUGUUAUCUGCCAGGUCAUAUGUUACUAUAGUUAUCAUGCCAGUGGGAAGAUGGUAUGCAAAGGAGCAACCCAACAUAGGGAAGCUGAACUGAAAUCUGUCUUGUAGCAACAUUUUAGUCCUUUAUUGAACAUCCCUUCAAGACUAGCCAGAGUGGUUGGCUCCUAUUUGCACAUCAGUGAAAGAUAAAGAUCCACGUGCUGAAACGUUUUCCUGCCAGAGGAAGAGGUCAACCUUGGAUAUGCUGGAUGAGUUCCUCAAGGCUCAAGUCUGAUUUUUCCAUUGUCCAUCAGAGGUCAACCAUGAAUAUGCUAGAUGAGUUCCUGCUUAUACGCAAUGAUUGGUUGCCAGCCACAUUUUGGUUUUUGUUAACUGCAUGUCAUUUUCUCAUGACAAAAACAAUAACAACUAUUUCCUGUUCAUACAGUAUUUCACCUGAACGAGAUUCCUGUACAUGUGCUUGACUAGAAUAGCCUUUCAGAUUGCUCUGUUGUGAUACCUGUUUGGUGUUUGCUCAAACGGAUCUUUGUCUAUCAAAUCAAGUCUUAGAGCAGCGGCAUAUCUAGCAGAAGAUUAUUGUACUGUUCUUUAAAAACAUUUGUGUUACUUCAAGUUGCCAGUUAAACGCUCU